UCCGGGAGCGCCGUCACUCUUGCCGCGGACGGCGGCGGUUGGCGGGAAGACCCGGGGGCGGUGCCCGGAUGCAGGCGGAGCGCGGGGGCUGCUGGGAGUCGCAGUCCGCAGGAGACUGAGGGAGGCCGGAGAGCCCGAGGCCCGGUCCGCCCGCCCGCCCGCCCGCCCGCAGGGGCCCGGGGGAGGGCAGAGGCUUCGGCGUCACGCCGUCGCGGGCCUCGCCCUCCCCUCAGGGAGCCGAACGGAGGCCUCCCGCCGCCUCUCCCCGCUGAUGGAGGUUUUAAAGCAGGACGGCCGACUCCGGCGAAGGAAGGAGGCGAAGCCGAGCGGAGAGGAGGGAGCCUGCACAGGAGCCUCCCGGUCCUGUCUGAGGCGGCGUGAAAGGUGUGGACCCGGUGGGGCUGCCGAAGGGUCACCCAACGAGAUGAUCCAGAGCGAAGAGGGACCCCAUGACAGGAGGGUGCCCGGGAAGAGAUGUGGGAAGGCGGAGGGUGUUGGAAUACGCGGGAAAAUUCACCCAGGAGAGAAACCAUAUAAAUGCCUGGAGUGUGAAAAGAGCUUCAGUCAGAGGGGAAGCCUUAAUAAACAUCAAAGAAUCCAUUCAGGAGAGAAACCCUAUAAAUGCCUGGAAUGUGGAAGGAGCUUCAAUGUGAGGGGGAACCUUUAUAAACAUCAAAGAAUCCAUUCAGGAGAGAAACCCUAUAAAUGCCUGGAAUGUGGAAGGAGCUUCAGUUGCAGGGGAAGCCUUUAUAUACAUCAAAGAAUCCAUUCAGGAGAAAAACCCUAUAAAUGCCUGGAGUGUGGAAAGAGUUUCAGUCAUAGUGGAAGCCUUUAUAUACAUCAAAGAAUCCAUUCAGGAGAAAAACCCUAUAAAUGCCUGAAGUGUGGAAAUUGUUUCAGUCAGAGGGCAGACCUUUAUAAACAUCAAAGAAUCCACACAGGAGAAAAACAGUAUAAAUGCCUGGAGUGUGGAAAGAGCUUCAGUCAGAAGGGAAACCUUCAUACCCAUCAAAGAAUCCAUUCAGGAGAGAAACCAUAUAAAUGCCUGGAGUGUGGAAAGAGCUUCAGUGACAGCGGAAGCAUUAAUAAACAUAAAAGAAUCCAUUCAGGAGAGAAACCCUACAAGUGCCUGGAGUGUGGAAAAUCCUUCAUCACAAAUGGAAAUCUCAAAAACCAUCAACGAAUUCACACUGGAGAGAAACCCUAUAAAUGUCUUGAGUGUGGAAAGAGUUUCAGAUCGAGAGGACAUCUCAAGAUACAUCAAAAAAUUCACACGGGAGAAAAACCCUAUAAAUGUCUGGAGUGUGGAAAGAGUUUCAGUCUUAGUGGAAGCCUUUAUAUACAUCAACGAAUCCAUUCAGGAGAGAAACCUUAUAAAUGCCUGGAGUGCGGAAAGAGCUUUACUCAGAGUGGACAGCUCAGGGCACAUCAAAGAAUUCACACGGGAGAAAAACCCUAUAAAUGCCUGGAGUGCGGAAGGAGCUUCAGUCAGAGUGGAAGCCUUGAUAAACAUCUAAGAAUCCAUUUAGGAGAGAGACCAUAUAAAUGCUUGGAGUGUGGAAAGAGUUUCAGAUCGAGAGGAGAGAUCAGGAUACAUCAAAGAAUUCACACGGGAGAAAAGCCCUAUAAAUGCCUGGAGUGUGGAAUUGGCUUCAGUUGCAGUGGAAGCCUUUGUACGCAUCAAAGGAUCCAUUCAGGGGAGAAACCGUAUAAAUGCCUGGAGUGCGGAAAGAGCUUUACUCAGAGUGGACAGCUCAGGGCACAUCAAAGAAUUCACACAGGAGAAAAACCCUAUAAAUGCCUGGCGUGCGGAAGGAGCUUCAGUGUGAGUGGGAACCUUGAUAAACAUCUAAGAAUCCAUUCAGGAAAGAAACCAUAUAAAUGCCUGGAGUGUGGAAAAAGUUUCAGAUCGAGAGGAGAUCUCAGGGCACAUCAAAGAAUUCACACGGGAGAAAAGCCCUAUAAAUGCCUGGAGUGUGGAAAGAGUUUCAGUCUUAGUCGAAGCCUUUAUAUACAUCAACGAAUCCAUUCAGGAGAGAAACCCUAUAAAUGCCUGGAAUGUGGAAAAAGUUUCAAUCAGAUAGGAAGUCUCAGGAUACAUCAAAGAAUUCACACGGGAGAAAAACCCUAUAAAUGCCUGGAGUGCGGAAAGAGCUUCAGUCACAGUUCAAGCCUUGAUAACCAUCUAAGAAUCCAUUUAGGAGAGAGACCAUAUAAAUGCUUGGAGUGUGGAAAGAGUUUCAGAUCGAGAGGAGAGAUCAGGAAACAUCAAAGAAUUCACACGGGAGAAAAGCCCUAUAAAUGCCUGGAGUGUGGAAAGAGCUUCAGUCACAGUGGAAGCCUUGAUAACCAUCUAAGAAUCCAUUCAGGGGAGAAACCGUAUAAAUGCCUGGAGUGCGGAAAGAGCUUCAGUCACAGUUCAAGCCUUUAUAGACAUCAAAGCCUCCAUUCAGGACAGAAAGCAUAAAAAUGCAUGGAGAUUCAGUCACAAUGUGGGUCUCAGUAAACCUUAUAAACUUCACACAGAGAAGGAAGUUUAUAAAUGCACAGAGUGUUAAAAACCCUUCAGCAGAAAUGGAAACCUCCAGAACCAUUUUAGAGUCCACACAGGAGAGAAACCAUAGAAAUGGAUAGAGCGUGUUUGAAAUCUUCAGUAACCAGCAAAGUCAGUGCAGUCCUGGAUGCACAAGGGUUUCUCAAGGGCUAAACAAGUCGUUGUUUACACACACACUCUAAUUACAAACCAAGAAGGCACAGGUGUGCAUACUUACCCUUCAUUGCCAUCUCAACUUGAGCCUAUGCUGUGUUAUGAGCACAAACAUUGCAGGGUAUGCAAAGUCCUGAACGGGACCCUUUUACUGCUUUCUUCAUUGCUGUGGUUUGUGUGAUGAUUGUGCCAUUCGGUGAAGCCUGAUAGUCCAUUUUCAGUCACAUUACAAAUAAAUAUCAUGUCU